AUGACUGGAAGUCAAUCGCGGCUGGCGCAGUUGGUCGGGUCCGUGGUCUCGAGAGUGUUCUACGUCGUCCCGCUCGGUCUCUCCUCUAUUUUAUUCGUCUGCGCCUUCAUUGGUGUGUCCCCCGCACUUUGUCGUAAUUCGUUUGACAUGUCAUCGUGGACCAAACACUGGCGCGUUUGUCAAGAAAUCUACGGCGGCAAAAUCUGGUGCAACGCACCCUCUUUGGUCGCUCCAUUUAAAGCUGAUUUGGCCCAAGCUGAAAUUUCCUCCUACCUCGAACAAGUCCUUAUCCUCUUGAUCUACCCGAAAAACGAGGCGAACACGGUUCCUUACAACAACAUGCAAGCCCCCUCGUUAAUGCCUACGCCAUCAUCCUCAAAUAUGCACGUGAGCCCCGCCAAGGUUUCGGGGUUCAUCCUUCCCUUUCCGAAAAUCGAUUAUGCUCUGUCGGCGGAAUUUGUGCUAAUUUUUUGCUGUGUCGAUGGCGGCAUGAAAAUUCGCAAAGCCUUGGCUGGACCUACUGGGGAGCAAUAUAAAUUGCCUCCUGAUCUCGGAGACAAUUACGAGAGUAAUUCGCCAUCGAUGGCUAUAAGUGGUUGCGUCAUGCGCCUACGUGUUCCUACUUCAAGUUAUGUUUCUGCUUUUAUGUGCGAUGGACCAGCAGGCCGUUUACUUUCAGACAGUAAUUUCAGGCGCGCGUAUGAUCUUGUCCUAAUCGGAACACUCCACGCGCUUGGGGUAUUCUAG